AGGCACCGAGCUCAAGUUUUUAGCCACGGCAGGCGACCGCGUCCCUGCUCCUUUUUUGGGUGCCGUUUUUACCAGCAUGGGAAGUGGUGCCAGCGGUGCCAGCCGACCCGGUUCAGAGGAGAGACGGUGUGCCUGCACAUCGGGUGGAGAAGAUUCGAUUCCGCUCAAACCCGUGCGUGUGAAAGCCUAUACUGCGGAGGAAUGGGAGGCUGACUUCGGAGAGACGUGCCGACAACUCGCCAUGGAAGAGAUGACGGUCGAGAGCUGGGUGCCUGCGCUUGGCCAUGCCAGCACAGCGAGCCAUGUGAGCACGCCGUGCUUGGGAGAGAUGUUUGAAGGCACCUCUGCGUGUGGAGCACUCCAACCGCUGCUAUGUGUCCAGACCUACAAUGCAAAGCAAUGGGAGCCGUGCCGAAAGCCCACCGCGGUGUCCACCGCUGCAGCCAUGAACUCAGGAGAGAUCAGUACAAAGGACAAGCAGCAAGGCACCUGCAGCAGCUCAGAGUCCGGAGCAGAUUCGAAACCACUGGAACCUGUGCGCGCGAUGGGAUAUGCUGGAGAUGAAUUUGAAGCCCGCUUCGGAGAGAUUUGCCGAAAGCUCGCAAUGCAAGAGGGCCAAGAAUGAGUGCUUGGCAACAAAUUCGAUUCGUUCCAAUAUGAGAUGUCACUAGUCUUGGGAGGCUGAAACAUCUGACACUCAAGUGUUUUGCACCUCUCCGACAGGAAGAUGUCUUCCAGAUCCAAUGUUCAUUUGAUGUCGCCAGACGUUCCAUUUUCAGAGAGAAGCAUGCCCAUGGACGAGCCGUGUUCGCUAAUACCGCGACACGGUCUGACCUCUCCAAAAGCACACGCACACACACAUACACACAUAGACUUUGCAUAGACUUGGCAUAGGCUUGGCUUCGCGAGAUGCAGAGCUAUGGGACGAGCUUCUGAUGUCAUCAUGAUCCUCCCAGUUUUGAAGUGAGGCCUUUUCACAUUGAAGUGGGCCUUCGUCUGGGCAGAGCUUACAUUUUGACCAUGUUUGACCCAAACCAAUUCUCGGCGUGAAGGAUACUUGCUGCACUGGUUGAAUGCAGAGUCACUUUGGGUCGGAGGGGUGUCCAGAGCCUGCCAAGCUGACUCUGCAGGACUGGCUGCGUACGAGCCAUGUCCGAU